AUCAGCGAGGAGCUUGCUGGCCUCAAUUUACCAUCAGCGUAACGAACCAUAGGUGUGCUUUGGGAACCUAUUAAUGUGUACUUCACCUAUUGGACCCCGAUAAUGGCGAUGGGGGACACACUUCGGACUCAACAGGUGUUUACUUUUCACAAACCGUCUACGAUGUGAGGAGAUUCCAAGCUGAAGUUUAUUUUUGGAGGUUACAUAAAACAAAACCAAAAUGGCGGACGAGUUUGAUGCAGCUGGUUGGGCGCAAAUACAUCAUGCCGCUCAACGAGGCUUCACCAAGUCCAUUACCUUCUUCCUGUCGGACGACGAAAGUCUUAUGGAGCUGGAAACGACCGAUGAGUUGCACCUCACCCCCUUCCUGUGCGCGGUAGAUGGAGGCAAGGAGGACUCCAUCAAACUGUUAAUGGAACAGGGGGCCAACGUGGAGGCAUUGAGUGCCCUGAACCACGGGGCUGUGGAAAUCUGUGCCAACAAAUUCUACAUUGAACUCCUGGAAUACUUUAUCAACCUUGAUGACCCACGGAUACCGGUGUGGAAACAUCUUCUGCGAUAUGUGUCAUCGGAGUCGGAUGAAGAAGCGGAAUCUGCUGGGAAAUGUCUGCGAACUUUGACCCAGGGAAGUGAGGAAAGCGGCAUAAACUCGAACUGGGAGCAACUGUACAACAAUGGUGGCAUACCCACCAUUGUCAAGGUUGCCAAGGGAACCAGUAUUGCUGACGAAUCAAAGAUUCCAGCAUUUCAGACUCUUCUAAAUGUUAUUGAAAAGCAUGAAGUGAAGGAACAGGUUAUCAGCUCGGGAGGUGUCCCUACUUUUAUCAAAUUGUUAAAAUCAACAUGCAAUCAUGUUAUUCAACUUUCUGCUGAAAUUCUGAAAGAAAUGGCUACUGAGAAGCAAUACGCUGAAGUGGAGUCACAGAACAAUGCCAUUCAGACUCUGGUCAAAGUGAUGCAGACCGUUCGUGACGAAGAGGUACUCGUCCAGGUGCUGGAAUGUCUAGGAAACAUUGCAGAGGCCAGCUCAAAAUUAAAAUCUCAGGUCGGAACCUGUCCAGGGUGUAUUUCAACUAUUGUGGGUUUAUUUGAGAACCAAAAAGACAGAAAUCUUCUUCAUUCGCUCGCACGAGUUGUGGGUAAAAUAGCGGAUAAAGAUGAGGUAAAUCAGAACAGCUUCAUUGAAAAUGGAGUCACCCCUCAUAUCGUGGUUCUCACGGCGACACGGAACCGUGACAUUCAAGUUUCUGCUGUAGAGGCCAUCAGUAGAGUAGCAGAUAACAACAAAAAGACACAAAAAGCUAUUCUAGCCGAUAACGUACAGGAACAUUUACUUCGGCUCCUCAAGAAUACAAGGGCAAAAAUAGUGUUAGAAAAAACAGCCCUAGCUUUGUGGUCGCUCGCUGGUUCAGACUUUGACAUUAGACGUUAUAUGGCAGAACGAAUGGAAGUCAAUCUAAUGAUCGAAUUUGUUAACUCUAUGUCUGAAAAUUUACAGUAUAUUGGGGCAGAGGGACUAAGUGUCUUGGCACAGGGUCCUCUGACUUACCAGUCCGAGAUCGCCCGGCUCAAUGGUAUUGCUCCGCUGGGCCGGCUCAUCCAGAGCAACCAAGAGUACAUCAUCUUGAGUGUGGUACAGUCUAUACGCCACCUGUGUGUUGGAGUGGCUUACGUCCCCCACAAACCCAAUCAAAACACCAUCAUUCAGUUCCGUGGAAUAAAGUACCUCGUGGCCCUCAUGGUGCACUCAGAGAAUGAGAAUAUUCAGGUGGAGUCGGCUCUCACCCUUGGCUGUGUCUCCAUGUGUAACCAAGCAGCGCUGGGCGAUAUCUACCAGAACAUCGACUUCAGCUAUGUGCGAAUCGUGAAGAUGAUGUACUCCAGUAUUCCCGAGGUUCGCUUGCUGGCCGGGUCGGCUUUGGCUGCCUUUGCUUACAACAACAUCAACCAACAGAAACGUAUAGCUGACCAGGGGGGAGUGCGCUUCAAUUGUUUUGUGCCGUUCUUACAGUCCGAUGAUGAGUUCUUCAGGUGCAAUGCAGCUUUUCAGGUGGUCGUGCUGUCUAAAAUUAUCCCAGAUGAAGAGCAGGCAUUAUCUUCAGCAGCGGGGAUAAAACUGCUCAUCGACCUGCUACAGGACUCGACCUCUAACGACACUCUGGCCUUGGCUACCGAUUGUGUAGCUCGUCUGGGACACACUCGGGCAGGAGUUCCUGCGGCCAUGGUGUCCAUCCACGCUGUAGAACAUCUGUGUAGCCUACUGCAGCACAAAGCGGAACAGGUGCGGGGUAACGCGGCCAUCGCCCUCGGUUACCUCUCGUACAACCAUUCGGCUGAGAGACAGCUCCUCAACAGGUGUCGCUCCAGUCCAUACCUGAUCCGGGUCCUGCUGUAUUACACAAAGCAGAGUAGAAUCAGCCCUGCUUUCCUAGAGAGUUGGAAACAUUACAAAAAGAUUGGCCUACCGCCCAUCGCUGAGGGAAGACCAAGUCUCAUUGGAUUCAAACCUGAAGGCAUUAACGACAACCGUCCAAUCACAAUGCUUAGUCUGGACGAAUCCAACGCCAACACAAGAAGUUUAUCAAAUCUGAUGGCUGAUGACGGGGGAGUCACAGGACGAUCGUCGCGAAUGACCAACGCUGCGGCCACACCUCAAAUGUCAAAUACACCGUUACAGCCUAUCAACGCCAACCUUAGUGCCAGUCAGAUGUCGCUGGAUUCCCAGAAGUCUAGUAACUCUCUCAUGCAACAGGAAGUGAUAGCUGCGGAAUAAAAACAGUUUUAACCGAACUAUUUUUACACAUAUUUCAGUCCCGUUCCAAUAGGUCAAAGUCAAAAUUUCCAUUUCCCAUUAACCAGUAUUACGUUGAUUUAUCUUAGUGUAGCCGUGAAGUGUGUUGGGAAAUAGGUCGUAAAUCAAAAUUAGAUAAUAUUCUGGUAAAAUGGAGUCUCAUUGUAUGGGUGUUGUCAUCCCGAGACAUAAAUCUAUAAUAUCCAAUGACAUCAUUUGUGGAUUCAAAGAUAUUUACAGCCACAAAAAAAAGACGUUUUGGACAAAUAAUAAAAACCAUGUUCUUUAAUACUUUUCUUCAAGAAGUAUGCCAUACUUUUUAUGUCCAUAUAACAAUAUAUAAUUAUUUUCUUUUCUCAUUACCUACAUGUACUUAUAUAUCAUGAUACAUCAUGUGUGCGAGCGACAUGUAUUAUAAUGCAAGAAAAUCUACUUUUUUUCACAACAGCUGGACUUGUGUCUUGUAAAAUCUACUGAAGUCUUUAAUUAACCGAAAGAUUAAAAAACAAAAAUCAAGGAUGUGCAUUUUCAAUAUAAAUGUUGUUGGAAGAUUAAAGGGAAAUAACUCCCACUGUACGAAAAUCCUGAUUAUUCAAAACUUGAUUUUUUUCUUCAAAUUUUACAAUCAAUUUCAUUCAGGUAGUCAAUUAGUUUCUAAACCAAUUAAUUGGUAAAUUAUAAGGGGCUAAUUAGCUAUUAAAUAGAAGUAAUCUGGAGAAAACAGGGUUCAAAUGUUUCAACAUAGCAUUUGUUGAUAAUUCUAUGAAAAAUAUUCAUUAGUACAUGUACCUGUUAAAUCAUACACAAGAUUUUGUUUAUUUAAUUCAAAUACUAAAUGAAAUCUACUUUAUUUUUAUAUAAUCUAGAAAAUCGAAAAGGGAAAUCCAUUCUUUCGGUUUCGUACAAUAAGCAUUUUGUGAUAUAUUACUGUUCGUAGUAAAAUGGCAGAAAAAAUGGACUGAUUAGUUUCUGUGGUAACGUUUAAAACAUUAAACAAAGACAAGAUUUGUUUUUUGUGGAAAGUUGUGAUGUUUUUUAAGUCACUUGUUUUUUGUUCACUAUGACAGAGUGCCAAACUGCCAGUCUGAUCGGUUUAAAUAGUCGUUUUUAAAUGUUAAAAAUAUUUUUUUGUGCUUCGUUUUUAUAUCUCUUAAUAUUUAAGUUUUAGUGCUAAAUUUCUCGAACAUUAUUUAAAACUGUUUUACCAAGUUUGACAAGGUAAUACUAGGUGAUGACAGAGCUCUAAAAUCUGUUCUUGUGCCAUAGCGGCAAAAUGGAUUUUUGAUGGAUUUUAAAUAUUUUCAAAAAAAAACAAAAUUUAAUAAAUCCAAAACCUCUGUAACAAGGCAUUCAAUUAAAUUUGUUGAUUUAUGAUAUUUGUGUCAUAACAUGUUCCUGACCUCUAAUUUCUAGCAGCAUAAUUUUUUUUCUUGUUACAUAAAGUCAAUGACAACUUUUUUUUUUUUAAAUAAUCCCAUUUUUC